CAGGAGAACACACCAGUUCCGUACAAAAAAUUAUACAGACUCCCAUCAAUAAUGGUGAAAUACACUGGUCAGACUGACCUGUCUGUCUCCCAAGGAAUCCGGAUGAUGUUUUAUGUUCUACACCCUAAUGAAACCUCUUUUAAAACUAUAGAGGAAGUACCAGAUUACGUGGACAAGGCAACCCUUUAUUUCAUUAUUAUGUUGAUCCUUGAAAUGAUCAUCAGCUGGAUAUGGAAGGGGCGACCACUUCGUAUUAAUGAUGGACUGACAUCUCUUUCUGCAGGAGUUAUGUCUCGUCUACCAGACGUUGUUUCCAGAGGCAUUGAGAUCACCAGUUAUAUCUACAUAUGGAAUAACUACAGGCUUGCUGAACUUCCUUGGGAAUCUCCAUGGACUUGGUGGUUAACGUUCUUUGGUGUAGAUUUUGGAUACUACUGGUUUCAUCGCAUGGCUCACGAGGUUAACAUAAUAUGGGCAGGCCAUCAAACACAUCACAGCUCUGAAGAUUACAACCUGACCACAGCCCUAAGGCAAUCUUUCCUCCAAAAAUAUUUCUCUUGGAUUUUCUAUUGGCCGAUGGCGUUUUUUAUUCCUCCGUCAGUGUUUGCUGUUCAUCUUCAAUUCAACCUCCUUUACCAGUUCUGGAUACACACCGAGUUAAUAAACAGUCUGGGACCACUGGAAUUCAUUCUCAAUACUCCAAGUCAUCACAGGGUCCAUCAUGGCAGAAAUCCAUAUUGCAUUGAUUCAAAUUAUGGGGGAACUCUUAUAAUUUGGGACAGGAUGUUUGGAACAUUUGUGCCAGAAAAAGAAAAGGUUGUGUAUGGUUUAACACAUCCAAUAAACACAUUUGAACCAUUUAAAGUCCAGCUUCAACAUUGUAUCUACAUUUGGAAUACAUUUUGGGAUACCCCAGGAUUCUACAACAAACUCUCUGUAAUAUUUAAAGGACCAGGAUGGGGUCCAGGGAAGCCUCGACUUGGACUUGCUGAAGAACUUCCAAAGGUCACUGGAGAUGAAAAGCCUUAUAAUCCAGGACUGCCAAGAUAUAUACAGUUUUAUGCAUGUAUACAUUUUAUCCUAAUGCUUGGAAUUUAUAAUCACAUGUUCCAAGCCAAAUUGACCUUAUCACAGACAACACUCCUCCUGAGGAUUGAGUCUAUACUCCUAACAUUAACUUCUCUUGGGUUUCUUCUUGAACAAAGACCCAUGGCAGCCAUUUUGGAAACACUUCGAUGUACUGCUUUCAUACUGCUUCAACAAUAUGGCUAUUUAACAACAGACAUUCCCUCUUUGUCAGUUGUCUAUCAGAUUAUAUUUCCUGUCUGUGCCGCUGCAUGGGGAUUGAAAGCCUUAAGACAAGUUAUGAAUGGUGCAAAAAAGUAUGACUGAAAAACCCUCCACUUCUCAAAACAGAAAAGGAAAAUCACCAACAUUCACGAUUGUAUGCCAUUGAUAAAGUGUAAUUCCUUAAGUAAUCUAAAAAAAAAAAUAAAAGGACCAAAUGGAGACCACUGUUGAA